AUGGGUGACUCCAACGGAACAGGAGGGCAGGAAAGUUCACUCCCUUCAGGGACCAUUGCAAAGCUGACCUGCGACAUCCUCAAUAACACGUUCUACAACAUCAUCCAUGAUAUAGUUGCCAAAGUCCACCGCGACGAAAAGGUCGCUCGUAUGCGCUCUGCCGUCGUUGUGACCCGACAGAAGGCCGAAGACGAGGCAACCAGACGACGAGAAGAGUCCGGCAAUAAGGCAACCAACCCGCUGAACUCGGGUGACCCCGACUGUGAAGAGUUCAAAGAUCUCCGCGUGGAAACCGAAGGGGCCAUGUUCGAAGAUGGAAAGGUCUUCCUCAAGGGGAACCCGCUUCACACUACCAAGGAAAUCAUCUGUCCGGAAUGCCGACUACCACGUCUUCUAUACCCUGUCACUGGGGUCGGCGCCCGGCCGCCCCCUGAUCCAUAUCGAGAGUACUGCCAGAAGCAGCCGGUGAUCAACAAGCUCGGCUAUGAUGUGCACGGAAAUCCGUUCGCGACCGACAAAUUGAACCCGAAGAAGAAAAAACAAACCACUACGUCUAAUACCCCAGCUUCGAGUCCUCCUACGACCCCUGAUGGUUCCUUUAAACAAAAUGCGCCGGAGAAGGUCUCAUUCCCCACGGUCAAAUGUCCGAAUUGUCCGAGGUACUUCGUCGUGACGCGGGUUGCGCAACACCUUGAUCGGUGCCUGGGCCUAUCGGGGCGACAGAUCAACCGGAACAAAACGCCCAUGGAGAAUGGGAAUAACACCCCUACCUCCGCCCCUCCCAAACGUCCGUUGGAUGAAGAUACGCCAUCCGCUAUUCCCAAGAAGAAGAAGCUGGGUGCCCCCAAGAAACUCUCUGGUCAAAAACCAACCCCUGUACCCAGUAGUAAGCUGAAGAACGGCCUGACGCCGGACAUGGCUGCGGCUGCCGACGCUGCAGCUUCCGGUGAUGGUGACAUCAAAGGCGAGGCGAACGGGGACAAUGCCUAG